CACCAGAAAGAAAGUGGAUCAUGUUAUAAGAGAGAACGCUUCCUUGCCUCUCUAUCUCUCUAUUUAUCUGAAAACAAGAAUGAGGCUCUGAUGGAGGACAAAAAAGCUAACAUAGUAGCUGCAUCAUCAGUCAUCACCCUCAUCAUCUUCAUAAUUGUUGCUCGUGUCUCUCUCAAACUUUCCCAUACUUUCUUUCUCAUUUGUGGGGCAGGUAUUGCUGUGAUCCUUGCUGUGUUUGCAUGGCUUAUAAUCAGACGCCAUUACAAUUGCAGGCGAAAGCUGAUGGAAUCAAAUUACGCAUCAGAAGGCCGUGAGCUGCGAAUAGAGUACAGUUUCCUUAGAAGAGUUGCUGGUGUUCCCACGAAGUUUAGGUACAAAGAGCUGGAAGAUGCAACAGACCAUUUUCAGGCAUUGCUUGGCAAAGGGGCUUCUGCUUCUGUUUACAAAGGGAUCCUUAGUGAUGGCACUCCUGUGGCAGUCAAAAAGCUUGAUGCUGAAGAGCGCCGCGAGAAGGAAUUCAGAUCAGAAGUUGCAGCAAUUGCUAGCCUGCAACAUGUCAAUCUUGUGCGCCUUCUCGGUUAUUGUUGUGUUCCUGCAGGACCUCGUUUCUUGGUCUAUGAUUUCAUCUCAAAUGGAUCAUUGGAUUCUUGGAUUUUCUCUAGAAAGGAAAGGCCUAACCGGCGUGGGGGUUGCUUGUCUUGGGAUUUAAGAUACAGGGUUGCUGUUGAUGUUGCUAAGGCGCUUUCUUAUCUGCAUCAUGAUUGCAGGUCAAGGAUUUUGCACCUUGAUGUUAAGCCAGAGAAUAUACUCUUGGAUGAGAGUUACAGGGCAGUUGUGGCAGAUUUUGGUCUGUCAAAGCUAAUGGGAAAAGAUGAGAGUAGAAUUAUGAUAACGAUCCGAGGCACUAGAGGUUACUUAGCCCCUGAGUGGCUCUUGGAGCAUGGAAUUUCAGAGAAAUCUGAUGUCUAUAGUUAUGGAAUGGUUCUGCUGGAGAUGAUCGGAGGCCGAAGAAACAUCAGCUUCGUCGAAAAAGGGAAUGACAGGUCUCAAAGGAAACGGCAGUAUUUUCCCAAAACUGUGAGUGAGAAAAUGAGAGAAGGAAAGCUUAUGGAAGUUGUUGAUCAAAGGCUAAUAGAAAGUGGAGGUAUUGAUGAAAGGGAGGUUAAAAAACUGGUUCACAUAGCUCUCUGGUGCAUACAAGAGAGGGCUAGGCUUAGGCCUAGCAUGUCUCAUGUGGUUGAUAUGAUUGAAGGCCGUGUGACAGUGGAGGAGCCUCCUGACACAAAUAUGGUGGUGGUUGAUUUUUUGGCAAUAGAUGAAGAGCCAGCAAAUGGUCAUGAGAGGCCAAAGAUUGCUGCUGCAUUGGCAACAAAACAAGUAGAUAGCAAAGAUGCCUCCACAUCAACAUGCUCAUAUGCAAAUGCUAUGUCUUCGAUAUCCCCAAGAUAGCUCCAUCAACAGGAUUGAUUAGCUGCUUGUUGGUUUAUGGCUAUAUUUUAUAUAAAAACUUAAAAGUAGGGUUCUUUUAAGCUUACCAUUUUUGUUUUUACUUUCAUGGUAAACUUUCUUCUCCAUGUAUAAUGUGAGCAUUUUGUUCCUGUUAUUCAGAAAAAAGAUUGAAGCGGUCAGUCUUCAUUGUAUGAUGAGAUGAUGAAAACUAUAAUUCUUCACAA